UUAUGACGUAAAAUAAUAAGUAACAUAACAAAGAUUCUAAGAAAUUUAAUCAACAAUGAAUUACAUUCAAAUUUUAUUCAUAUGAUUAACUAGUGGUAAUAUUAAACUUUUCAAAUGGCACACAUAAGUGAGAUGAAGUUUGGUGAUCUUCAAGUGGAACAACGGAACAAAAAAUUGGAACGCAUCUUGAAAAUAGCUUCACUUAAAGAGGGAAUCAGUAAAGGAGAUGAAUCAUGGUCAUCACAUAAGUCUCCUAGUAUUUCUAGGAUUAAUUUAGAUCAAUAUCAGUCCACUACUAAUACUUCCUAUUCACAAGAUUUUAAUAUUAGCAGUGAUGUUGUUUCUUCAAGUAAUAAUUUGAGAAAUAUACUUUUACAAAGAAAAAGGAUUAACAGAAAUCAUAAAGUGGUUUCUACAUCUAGUGUUAAGAAGUUUAGUGAAGAAAGUGAUUGUCAGUCAGAUCAUUUUUUAAUGCCAACGCAUACUCUGGACAAAGUUUUUCGUAGUUCUAAAAAAUCAGAUAAUAAUGUGACAUAUAAUGUUACAAAAUAUUUACUAACAUCACAGAGUAAAUGCCCUUUGUUUGACAUUAAUAAAGAAUCUCUUAAGAGAAAACAGAAAUACAAGUCUUGUAAUGAUAGAGAAAAAUACAUCAAUACUUUUAGUUCCUUACAAAUUCCUUCUGAUACUUGUCCAAAUAGGAAAGUUACAAUUUUUACAAAAUGGAAAGUCAUGUUAAAUGAACAAAGUCAGUUAAUUAUUAGAGGCAUGUUAGAAUGUGGAAAGAUUGCUCAAAGUAAGCCUAUUAUGAAGCGAUUGACAAGUACCAACAUUGAAUCUAUUUAUGAACAUUUAUACUGUUUGCAAGGAAAUAUUGUUGAUGAUGAAUGUGAAUUACCAGAUUACAUUAGGAGUAAAUUUUACAAUGGAUUUCCUGAUGAUUGGGAAAAUGUUUGUCAAAGUUGGAAAACAUUUUUACAAGGAUGUAGCAGAACUUUUCGUUGGCCUACUCCUAUUACUGACAGUGAUGAUGAUUUAAAAACUGAAGUAACAGAUAUUACAUUUGCAUGUGCAAAUAGUCCUGAAGAUGGAAUAUUAAAUUUAAAGUCUUUUAAAGAAUCUCAUAUAUCUAGAGCAUCAGCUGUUACCAAUUGUUCAUGUAAUAUCUUAGAGAUGAAGGACAAACAAGAUUUUAAUUCAAAUAGUUACAAGAAAUGUGAUUCAUUCACACAAACGUAUAUAUCUGAUAUAACUGAAAAUUCAUCUCAUCAGGUCGAUAUUGAACCUUCAAAGAAACAAUAUAACAAUGAUAAAGAAAAUUGUAUACAUCAGGAAGAUAAAAAUUUAAAUUAUUCUCGUAUUAGAAAUGAAGAAAACGGAUUAAAAGAUAAAUUAAGCCUUAUUCUAAAUAAUUUAACAGAUAAAAAUUGUUCUCAUGAAUGCAUUAGUAAAGUUAUUGAGAUAUUAGAAGACUGCUUAAAUUAUGUUGUUACAUGCGGUUCAAGUAAAGAAGAUACAUUUAAUAUAAAAAGUUCAAAACUAGAAGGAAAUAAUGAAAGAAAUCAUGAAUCUCUGGAGUAUUGCCAAUCAGAAUCAUCUCCUUUGGAAAAUAAUAUAGGUAAAAUUAUAGACACUAGUAGUGUAUUACGAAGAAAAAGAACUUUUGCAGAAAUGAAUGAAGCUAAUAGUAGCAGUACUUCUGACAGUGAAAAUGAAGUAUAUGCAGGAGUUCCUAAAAUAUCGAUGAAAAGAAUGAUACGACGAAAAAAAGAACUAAUGAAACCUUAUAAACGUAAAUUAAGGAAAAAAGUAAUGCAUCAGAAGUAUGAUAUUGCGAAAGAACGGCGCACUUUGGACGUAUUCCCAACUAUAUCAAAUUGUACUAAACAAAGUUAUAGAAAAUCAAUAAGAUCUAAAGACACAAAUGGAAUAAAUUUUGAUGAUUCUAGUAUCAGUAUUAUAGAAGACGAGAAAAAUGAUUUUGCAAAAUUGCGAAGUAAUAAUGAUGAGCAUGUUAAGUCCGAUAUUUUGAAAAGUCGUCAGUGGGAGAAAUCAAAUGAUUUUAUGAAAAAUAAGACAACUCAUGAAAUGCAGGAACAUUUUGUAAAGGAAAAGGAUUUUACUGCUACUUGUAAGCCUACCAAACACUUUUGUCCUUCUCAUGAAACAACUGAAAAUCAGAAACAUGAGAUUAAUAUGUCUACAAAAAGAAAGAAUAAAAUGAGAGAGAUGAGUUUGUCUGUAGAUACUGGUAACAAAAAAGAAAGCGAAAAUAUCAAGGAUCAGUAUCAAAAACAUUUAUCCUGUCAACAAUAUGAAGAGUUUUCGACUCCUUUAAAGAAUGAUAGAAGAAAAACACCAAGUCCUGUUAUAAUUCGCUCAGUUCCUGUUCAUAUAGACAUUACAAAGAAAAAUUCAAAAUGUUCUCCACAAAAUAGAAAAAUAUAUGUAGUUGAGAAUAAAGAUAAGACUAUUAAUGAAUUAAUAAAAAAUGAAAGUGUAAUGGAGAGAGAAUCUCCUAGAAAAUCUGAUACUAUUAAGAAAAGUAAUUUAAAUUCCCUAACUGAUAGCAAGCAAUAUUCUAAAGAAAAUAAUUCUACCACGUUGAAAAUAUUAUCACCGGCUAAUUUAAAAAUGUCUGAAAAUAAUAAACCUAAAUUAUUAUCUGCUUGGAGACCAAUAGUUUUAUCUGACUCAGGAUUGCAGUUAAUUUUCAAGGGAGACUUAUUAAAUGAGGAUGGCCAUAUUGUACAUACAAAUUUUACAACGAAUAAAGUACUUCAUCGAAUAUCACUCAGACUGAUCGAAACAAUACACCAUGAAUUUUAUCAUCUAAUCGGCGAAUUAAACGACACAAAACAUGCUGUUCCUAAAGAGCUGUUAAGCCAGUGCCAUUAUGGCUGUCCCAGUAGAAUAGAACUGUUUUGUAAAAGAUGGAAAUUAUUGGAAAGUGCUGUUACUACUAGUUACGCCGAAAUGAUGGAAGGAUUAAACAAUACAUCAAUGAUCAAUGGUACACCUGUUGCUAUAAGCUCAAAAGGUAGAAAAAUUAUGCGUCCAUUAAAUUAUUGGACAGGAGAACGCAUUAUUUUCAAAGAUGAUAAUGUAAUAUAUAAACCCGGUAAUUCGUCAGAUUGUUCUAUGCUUAAUCAUGGAAGUCCUAAUAAAAGUAAGCACGUAAAAAAUUCGAAGCAAGAAAUAAGAAAUAAAAGUAAAGCAGAAAAUUUGUAUGAAUCGGAGGUACCUAUUGUCAUUAAGAAAUCAUAUAACUUAAAGGGUAAACGGGAUAUGAAUCGCGAAGUGAAUACAUUACCUAUCAGCCCUUCUAAACAAAUGUCUACAAAUCAUCCAUCUUCGGCUGAGCCAUAUCGUAAUGUAGCAUGUACAUAUUAUCAAGGCAUUCCAGUUAAAGAUGACGUGUUAUCUGACGAUCAGAUCUCUCACGUGUAA